UCAGCUUCAGGAACGCGAUGAGUAGACAUCGAUGUAACGCGUUGUCGUCGUUGUUUCCAUCAUCAUCCACCAACAGAAAGGAGGAAAAUAGGAGCAUUCAAGCAAGCAGCAGUGAAAAAGCGAGAGAGAUAGUGCGAGGCAUAGCCGCGAAUGCUCUUGAGCAGUAUAGUAACUGAAGGAAGGAGCAAAAGAAAGAGGCAUACCGCGGAAGAAGAAAAAGAAAGUACACCGAAAAGUGGAAUAAGAAGAAGCGUAUGUCUCUUUCGAAAUAGUGUGGAAAUUUUGUAGAAGUACCAACCGAGUUUGAAAAAGUGAUUGUUAAAAAUUGUUAUACAACAGAAUUGUUGAGUGUUUCCAAUCUACGAUUGAAGGCAGUUUUACACAGAAAAUUGUAUUUUACGAUCCAAAAAGUGUAUGUGAAUUCGAAGGCAGAAAAGGUAAAUCAAGCAGCGAAAAGUCAGUGAAAAUUUCAUCUUCAUUCAGUUCAAAAGUCAAAAAUUGUUAAAAUUCCCCUCGCGAUUUAGCGUAUUUUUGAGCAUAAAAAAAAGUUCUUGUAAAUAGUUUCCCUCGAGUUCAGGAAGUUCAACGUCGUCGACCAGGAAAGAAACUGUUCUGUCGCUGUUCGGAGUAGCACUAUUGGAGUCAUUUUCUUUGAACGGAUCCCGAAUUUCAAUCAUCGCAAAAGCCUAGAGUUUGGCAGAGGAGGGCCCAACCCCGAAGUUCCCCUUGCAGGGGGAGGGGACAUGGAGCUGUUCCGUUGACCUCUAAGUCCCGUGGUCAAAGAAAGUGCGUUUUCCUCUGGUGAACAAGUGCUUCUCUUCUCAACAGUGGAAGAAGUAGAAUCUCCGGUUUUCGCUUGUUAGUGAAUAAAUAUUUCCCGGAGAAUAAAGGAAAAUAUAGCCAAAAGCAGCAGUGCAAACAUGUAAUAAGUUCUUUUCCUGAUCGGCAGUUCGGGUGCGUGAAUAGUUAGGUAAGAAAGAGCGUUCUUGGAACAUCUCUUUCGAAACCUAUAUCUCGGGUUUGUUAGGAAAGUGUUUAUGCUAAGAAGUGAUUUCCUGUUGGUGUAAUUCGGCGGCUAACGAAACGUGUUCCAGUGUCACCAAGGAGCUCAACAAAUUGUGUUCUGAAUUUCAGCAAAGUUUAUCUGUUGCCGAGCGUUUCUCAACUUUACAAUGUUUCCGGGUGUUCUGCGGCGUCCAUUACGAGUCGUCACCGUGCGGGAGAUGAUGUAACAGUUUAGCUGAUCGCCGUGUGUGGCCGCAGCUUCCGCCGUCCGUGGUAGUCCAGAUCCUCCAUCGAUCCCGGUACCCGGUCUUAAAACCGACGCCGCGUACACGCGUCCGAAUUUCGCGAAUAAUCCGUGUUGUGUGCAAAAUCGAUCGUCACCUAUCUAGUAUAUUAUUCCCCAUCCAGUUGCUCGAUUUGUGUGUGGCCGGUAAGUGUGGUUAAUAGUGAUUUUUGUUUCGAGGAAAAUUGCAAGCUUGCUUCAGUGUGGGCUGACGGCCCCCGAACGGAAAAGUCGCCUCCAUGAAGCACCUGAGGCACAAUGGUACGCGAGACUCGACAUCUUUGGGUUGGAAACUUGCCCGAAACGGUACGAGAGGACAGAAUACGCGAGCACUUUAAAAGAUAUGGCAGAGUUCAAAGUGUUAGAAUUAUCACCUCUUCAGCGUAUAACCCAACCCCCUCCACCUCCGCUACCGAUGGUGUCAGUAGCGUUGAUCCGGCGCUCAAGGAGCACGGCACCGACGGCGAUGCCCACGGGGGUAGUUGCAGCUCGCUGCUGGCGGGUGAUUUCGGCGAUAGUUCUUCGGUGGCGAACCCGGCACCCUCCUCGUCCGCUGGUGGUUCAUCGGCGGUACCUGCUGCAGGAUCAGCAGUCCAUUCGAUCGAUAUUAGCACUAGCAGUAGUAGUAGUAGUUGUAGUCAUAGUACCGGUAGUCAUAAACCUAGCUUACCGAGCAGUAAUGGUCUGGUCAUCAGUGUGUGCGCGACGAUCGCCUUCAUGGACAUUAAGUCUGCAGCAAAAGCACACACCGCCGAGCACAAGUUUGACGAUCGUAUAUUGACCACGGAGUACUAUGAACCCUCGCUACUUACGAUGCCCCCGACAGUAGCACCAUCGGCCGUCACCGGCAGCGCCAAUUGUAGUAUAACGACAGCCGGUGAUGCUAGCAGUACUAGUGCUUCUAGUACUACAAUGCACAAAUACACUAUCGGAAACAACAGUAACAGUAGCAAUAGCAUAAUUAAUUCAGGAAACAGUAUUCAGUAUUCUACACCCUCUGCUACUGCCUUCCUACCGUCGUCGGGUUCCGGAACAAUCUCGACGACGGCCGCAGCUACCAAUAGCAAUAACUGUACCAACGGUAGUUUAAGCAAGUCUGAUGCUUCCUCUGGUAGUAAACUGCUAGGCCAUCCCGACGAACAGGGCUCAUUCUAUGAGUGUAGUAAUGGCAAUGGAAGUAGCAGAACGGGCAGCUUCAACCGUCUACUAGGUGGUGCCAGUGGGGAUGGAGAUCACUGUAGCUCCACCAUUGGCAGUACCGGUGGUAACGGUCGAAGAAUGUCCGUCGCCAGUUACUCGCGCGAUCUGCUAUUACUGGAAGGUCAGAGCGGGGGUAGUAGUAAUCGAGGCAGGCCACGCGACCGGCAGCACUAUCGCAACGGACCGUACGCAGCAGUGCUUCCGGAGAGAUCGACCCCAAUCAAUCAUCAUAGGUUAUCGUCCAACAGUUGGUACAACAGCAGUGGCACCAGCAGUAGCGCCGAUAAUCUAACGAUCUCGCAGCAUCAGUCCUCCGGUGGUCCAGUGACACCCACGCGCAAUAUCUACAGUGCCGUUGUCCUGCCGGACCAUUCCAACCCGGUGUCGUCGUCGCCGUCGCCUUCACCAUCAGCGCUGCUAACAGCGAAUCCGCUAGCUGUCGUCGGAACGACCGGUUCAGCAGUGGUCAACAGCAGCUCUGCAACCAGCGAGCGCAUCAACAACAACAACUGCUAUGAUAAGCUAAGUUCUAAGAAAAAGUUAAAGUCACGCUCGUCCGAUUCGGAGUCGCCCAGUGACGGGGGACAUCAUCAUCAGCCGCUGCCGCAGCCGCAUCAUCAUCCUUCACACCAUUCGCGGCAAACGUCUCCGAUCUCAUCGUCUCACGUUCAGCAUCAUUAUCAUCACCAUCAUCCGGGUGGACAUCAUCACAAUCACCUCGGUGCUACUAGUGUUAGUGGUCAUUCCUCGCAACUUACGCACAACAGCCGAAGCGAUCGGUCCGUCUCGAGAUCCCGGUCACGAUCGCCCAGUAGUUCCUGUUCGUCCACCAACAGUACUACCACCAGCCAGUCGAACGACACUUCGUCGACUACAAGAAGUCCUGCCAAUCUUGUGCUAGGUAGCAGCAGUGCUCCAUUCGGUAGUGGUCGAGAAGGACGUUCGGAUCGACUAGACCGUGAGCAGAUCUGUAACCGCGGAAACCUCCAGUCGGCAGUAACCGUUAGCAGCAACAGCAAUAACAAUGGUGGAAGCAGUUCCGGUGCCAGCAGUAGCAGUGGUUCGGGUGGAGGGAAUUUGAACUGUCAUUCGGAGGAUAACCGACCACUAGCGAUUUGCGUACGGAACCUACCGGCACGAUCGUCCGAUACUUCGUUGAAAGAUGGAUUAUUUCACGAGUACAAGAAGCAUGGCAAAGUGACAUGGGUGAAGGUAGUGGGCCAGAGUACCGACCGUUAUGCGUUAGUGUGCUUCAAGAAGCCGGAGGAUGUUGAGAAGGCACUGGAAGUGUCCCACGACAAGCUGUUUUUCGGUUGCAAGAUUGAAGUAGCACCCUAUCAGGGCUACGACGUUGACGAUAACGAGUUUCGGCCGUACGAGGCGGAGCUGGACGAGUACCAUCCCAAGUCCACCCGAACUCUGUUCAUCGGAAAUCUCGAGAAGGACAUCACGGCGAGUGAGCUGCGGAAGCACUUUGAUUGUUUCGGCGAAAUCAUCGAAAUCGACAUCAAGAAGCAAGGUGUUAGUGCGUACGCAUUUUGUCAAUAUUCGGACAUUGUUAGUGUAGUGAAAGCCAUGCGUAAAAUGGACGGUGAACAUUUGGGCAGCAAUCGAAUCAAGCUAGGGUUUGGUAAAUCGAUGCCCACAAAUUGUGUAUGGAUCGACGGAAUAGCGGAUAGUGUGGGCGAGGGCUAUUUGAAGUCACAGUUCGAUCAUUUUGGCGCCGUAUCACAAGUGACUAUUGACCGUGAGCGUAAGCUGGCGCUAGUGUUUUUUGAGCAGGUUCAGUGUGCGCAGGUUGCCGUAAAGGAAAUGCGCGGCGCGACAUUACGCGGGCGGAAAUUGCAGGUGGAUUUUGCCUCGCGCGAGUGUCAGGAUGCAUUUUUCGAUAAACUUGACAAACAAUCUAACGCGUCGUUCGGUUCACCACGUUUCGAGUCCGGCUCCAGCAGCCGAUAUGGAAACAAUCGGUACGUGGAAGGAUCCGGCCGAAGCAGGGCCGCUUCCUUCAGCCGGCCCAGCAAUCCGUUAAGCCUCAGCGGUGCCGUUUCUCCAAGGCUUGACCCGUCGCCCGUUUCGUCAAGUCGAGGGGGUGCCGCCGGAAGCAAUCCCAGUACACGAUCUCGAAUCGUUCGAUAUUCGAACGAAGACUAUUACCUGGAUGGUGCCAACAGCACCCACAGUACUGGCAACGAGCGAAGGUUUCGCAGCUAUGACGAGUACAGCCAAGGAUCGGCGGCCAGUUCGCACGAGGACGCAUACGAGCACGAUGGAUACAGCAGUGGGCACACGCGGAGUAGUGCUCAUGAUCGGUUACAACCGCCGGCGACUUCGGAUUCACCCCCACCGGCUGUGGCAUCGAGUGGGCUGUCCUCGUCGAUACAGUCCCGAUUGGGGGAUGUGGAACAACCCGCCGGUUUGGGUAGGAAACGAAGCGAGAAAAGUCCAGGUAAGUGAAUCGUUAUUUUUGACAGAAUA